GUCAUGCUUCGGGCUAUUCCACCGCAGGAAGCUGGACAUCGCCUGCUCUGCUCGCCCAUAAUUCGUUGCUGGGGCCUCCAGGGUACCGGGAAGGAUUGCGACGCCAGAGGGGAUCCCAUGCCAUGUAUAAACUGAGUCUACCCGCCGCCUUUUGACAUCUCUCGGCCGCCCUCUUUUCCGUCCAGCGUAUGUUGUAUUAUGCUCCAUUGCCCUUGAUAAACACCCUUUGUGGCAAUAAUCAUGGGACAGAAGCCUAGCAGCCCGUUGGCGACUUGUCUCGACAACGUCUGUGAUGGCCGUUCCUCUUGCAUUGGAUACCCCAACGACCCUCUCUUCCAGCUCAACUGGGUGAAGCCGUACAACCUCGAUAUCCCGGUGGAGCCUAUUGCCGUCACCAAACCGUCAACAGCGGAAGAUGUCGCCGGAUUCGUCAAGUGCGCUGCGGACAACAAUGUCAAGGUGCAAGCCAAAUCAGGCGGUCACUCAUACGCCAACUUUGGCAUUGGUGGUACCGACGGCGCUCUAGUCAUUGACCUGGCCAACUUUCAGAACUUCUCCAUGGACACGAACACUUGGCAGGCAACUAUCGGCGGAGGCCACAAGCUGCACGACGUGACGGAAAAAUUGCACGACAAUGGGAAGAGAGCCAUGGCUCACGGCACAUGUCCCGGUGUAGGCAUCGGAGGCCAUGCUACAAUUGGCGGUCUCGGCCCCAGCUCAAGGAUGUGGGGAAGUUGUCUAGAUCACGUUGUUGAAGUUGAGGUGGUCACCGCAGACGGCAAGAUCCAGCGCGCAAGCGAAUCCCAGAACUCGGACCUGUUCUUUGCUCUCAAGGGCGCCGGCGCCGGCUUCGGCGUCAUCACCGAGUUUGUUAUGCGGACCCACCCGGAACCCGGCGAUGUCGUGCAGUACUCGUACGCCAUCACUUUUGCCAAGCACCGCGAUCUUGCACCUGUCUUCAAACAAUGGCAAGACCUCAUCUCCGAUCCGGAGCUGGACCGUCGGUUCAGUAGCGAAUUUGUGAUGCAGGAGCUCGGCGUCGCCAUCACGGCCACGUUUUACGGUACAGAGGAUGAGUUCAAGAAGACGGGCAUCCCGGACCGCAUCCCCGAGGGCAAAAUCUCCGUGGUAGUCAAUGACUGGCUCGGCGACGUUGCUCAAAAGGCACAAGAUGCGGCGCUCUGGUUGAGUGAUAUCCAAUCACCCUUCACCUCCAAGAGUCUCGCAUUCACCCGCAACGACCUCCUCAGCGAAGAUGGUAUCCAAGGAAUGAUGGACUACGUGGACGGUGCCGACCGUGGCACCCUGAUUUGGUUCCUCAUCUUCGACGUCACCGGCGGCGCCAUCAACGACGUAGCCAUGAACGCUACCGCCUACCGCCACCGCGAUAAGGUCAUGUUCUUCCAAGGCUACGGUGUCGGUAUCCCCACGCUGAGCAGCAAGACCAAGGAUUUCAUGUCUGGAGUCGCCGACAAGAUUCGGAAAGCGAGUCCAAACGAGUUGAGCACAUAUGCUGGGUACGUCGACCCGACACUCGACAACGCACAAGAGCGGUACUGGGGAACCAAUCUCCCGACACUGGAGCGCAUCAAGGCGACCUGGGAUCCCAAGGACUUAUUCUCGAAUCCGCAGAGCGUGCGACCCAACGCGAGCGCAGAGAUUGUUCAGCCCACGACUAGUGGUGGCUCGAAUGGCUCUAAUGGCUCGAAUAAUAGCGACUCGGGAGGCGGUAAUAGCUAGGAAGGGGCCGGGAGCACCCGGCAUUCACUUGGUCUUUCGGGACUUGCAUUCACGACAGUUAUGGUUUUGGCAUUUUCUCUCUUCUUAGCAUAAAGCACUGGCUCGGUAGAUCACGAGGCAGUCGACUCGUUUCUCAAAGAUACCCGGUAUCAAUUCAAGCAUAUUCUAUUCAAAUCAAAGUCUGGCCAUCCAUGCCGAUUGUUACGCCAUAUGUACUCUUAAUGUUGAAGGAAGCCUGCCAGGCAUUCG